AUGGAUCCGGAAAAGUUAAAAGUGGUCGAAUUACGGUUAGAACUCUCACAGCGUGGACUCGAUACGAAAGGCGUCAAGUCAGUGCUUGUUGAGAGACUUCGUAAGGCCUUAGAAGAGGAAAAUGCAAACCAGGUGAAUCAGGGAAAAGCAAAUGCCAAUACGGAAAACACACAUGAGGAUACGAUGCAAGAAAGUGAUGAGAAAUCAUCAAAAUCAGCAAAAGUACCACAGACACCAAAAAAAUCUAGUAGAUUAUCUAAAACUGCCCCUGUUACACCAAGGGAAGAUCCUGCAACAAAAAAGAGAAGAACCUCUAGAGUUUCAUAUUCUAGGAGGAGGACAUCUCCAAAAAAAUCAGAUCAAAAUGAUAUGUCUCGUGAAUCAUCGCCUACAGCAUCAGAAUCUGCUUUGCAGGAAGAUGCUGCCUUGCAAGAUGAUGUCAUACAAGAAGAAACUGCACAAGAGGAAGCUGCUAUAUUAGACGAAGCUGCUAUACUAGACGAAGCUGCUGCGCAAGAAGAAGCUGCUCUGCAAGAAGGAGGUGCAGUACAAGACGAAACUGCAGUAGAGAAAGAAGAGCCUGUAUCACCUAAGAAAAAUGAAGAAAAAGAAACAAAAGAUUUAUUGCCAAGUAUAGAAGAUGAAAAUGUUAACUCUGUUGAAGUUGUAAAAGAAGAUGAAAUAAAAAAUACCGGUGUUACAGAAAGUAAUAAAAAUGAGAAUGAUGUAAAGGAUUUACAAUUAUCACCUGUACAAACACCUGUUAAAUGUAGCGAUACUGAUGUUUCAACUUCAAAACAAUCAACAGAUGAUAAAAAUGAUGUGGAUCAAAAACAACAAUCUACAACAGUAAUUACAUCAAUUCAAGAAACAUCAAAAGACACAGAUGUGAUAGAAGAAAGUGAAGAUACUGCUUCAGAUGUGCAUAAAAAUGAUACAGAAACUACAAUUAAUGAUACAUGUAAUAAAUCAGAUGAUACAAAACAUGAAACUAUCCAACAUGAGAAAAAUGUAGAACCUAUGGAUAGUGCUCAUACUGUAGAAUCUGGUAAUGACAUUCCUGAAACAGAACAAACAAAUGAUUCAUUGGAGGAAGAACAAGAUGUAGACAUCAAUGAAAAUGAUAAAUCAAAAGCUGAGGAUGAAUUCAUGGAAGACAAAGAGGCAUUAUCCAGUAAUGAGAAGGAGGAGGACAGUAAUAUUGAUAGAAAACAAGAUGAACAGGAUGUAGAAAUGUCAGAAAUAAAACACGAAGAAGAUACAGAUGUAGAUAUGAAAGAACGAAGUACGAAUGUUGUCAGCGGUAGAAAGCGGAAAAGGUCGUUUAGUCCUCUGGAAGAUCGUCAUGAUUCGCCUCCACCCGUUCUCACCGAAAACGAACCAGAAAUCGACGAUUCAGCUUUAAUUUUAUCUUGGUAUGAUUCUGAUUUGAAUCUGGUUAUCGAUAAAGAUGGAUUUUUUACGGCUACACCUAUGCACAACGACGGAUUUUCGCACAUGUGGGCUGGUGCAAGAGCAUCAUACGGUUUUCUUUGCGGAAAAGUUUACUAUGAAGCAAAAAUAGUGCAACAUUGCACCAUCAAUGCAGGAAACGAAGAAUACCCGCAUGUUCUUCGCAUUGGUUGGUCUACUCCAUAUACGUCGAUGCAACUUGGAGAAGAGAAUUUUAGUUUUGGAUAUAGCAGUACCGGAAAAAAAUUGACUGACAAUCAGUACGAAGAUUACGGACUUGUAUUUGGAAAAGACGACGUCAUCGGAUGUUACUUCGAUGCAACAUCUGAUAAUAUUAUAUUAUCGUGCACGGUUAAUGGAAAAGAUCAAGGCACAGCAUUUAGUAUCCCUAAAGCAGACCUAGGUGAUAAACCAUUAUUUCCGCACAUUUUGAGUAAAAAUUGUAGCUUUGCUUGCAACUUUGGCCAAGAGACGCCAUGGACAGAGGAAAUUUUACCGGACUACGUUUCGAUUGGAAACGUAGAGUCUCAGUAUAAAAUCCCUGGUCCACGGAGACCAGAAAAGAAAGAAGAAUGCGAAGUAAUAAUGAUGUGUGGAUUACCUGCUUGCGGGAAAACUACCUGGGUAACGAAAUACACAACUGAAAAUCCACAGAAAAUGUACAAUAUCCUAGGGCUCAGUAGUCUAAUUAAUAAAAUGAAAGACCCUGAAUUAUCUUACAAGGAAGAAUACGAUGGACAAUGGAAGGUACUUAUUGACAAAUGUACCGACGCGUUAGGCAGAUUGAUCGAAAUGGCUUCAACCAGAAGACGUAAUUAUAUUCUAGAUCAGACAAACGUAUAUCCUUCCGCACAAAGACGUAAAAUGAAGAACUUCUGUGGAUACCAGAGGAAAGCAGUAGUUAUAGUUCCAUCAGAGGAAGAAUUUAUGUCACGUACUAUGAAACACAAACCGAUCGACGGCAAGGAAAUUACAAAUUCUAUGCUUCUAGAAAUGAAAGCAAGUUUUAGAGCUCCAGUUGCUGGUGAAUCCUUCGAUGCUGUCAAUUGGGUCGAACUCGACCAAGAAGAGGGUAGAAAGCUUAUAGAAAAGUAUAAUACAGAAGCAAAAGAAGCUGGCUACAGUGAACGGCAAAUGAGUAAACGAACACGAACUGACACGAGAUCAGAAUAUUCCCAUGAAAGCCGGCAUGAAGGACGGAGUAAUCGCGACAACAGAGACAAUCGGGAUUAUCGUGACAGGCGAAAUAAUUAUUCUGAAAGAAAUCGUAACCCCAUUUGGCGUGGAGGUGGUAGUAGUGGUGGUGGUGGUAAUAUGGGAUGGAGAGACAGGCAACAAAGAGGAGGAGGCGGAGGAGGUGGGAGUGGAGGAGGAGGAGGAGGAGGAGGACAUAUGAGACACGGAAGUGGUUAUGGUCACCCAAUGCCAAGAAGAAGGAGAGGUGCGCUUAUUCCACUCGUGCAUCGCGGAAUGAAUAGAAGGGGCGGUAAUGCUGACAGAAGAGGAGGAAACGACAGAGGUCGAGCUCUGGUUUCCACUCAAGGUUCUCGAUCGAGGGCUCCAAUUNGAAAUUAUCAAGGAUCACAACAGUCCGUUUGGAACCAGCAAGGCCAUUGGGCGGCAAGCGGUCAGUCUCAAGAAGGAUGGGGCCAACAAAGCAGUUGGGGAUCACAACCGUGGGUUACCUGGAAGAGCUAUGGUGGACAAGGAUCAUACAAUCAAAGCAAUUAUAAUCAAGGUUACGGUAAUGGAAACUGGAAUAGUUGGAAUCAGCAGUAUUAUAAUCAGUAUUGGGGUCCGCAGCAACCGAGCGGACAAACUACAACAACUAGUGGACAAACUGGAAAUAAACAAUAAUCCACAAGGAUAUAUAUCGCAAGAGUGGAAUAGUAAGGCAGACAGAGUGAAAAGUACAACUGCUUUAUCUAACGAUUUCACAGUGGGAUAUAGUCACUCGCAAAGAUGACGAGGGUAUAUGGAAAACUCCUGGUCAUUGUGUUGUCAAAUAUCGGAACAUUGGUUUUGAUUACACAUAAAUAGAUGGACAAAUUUUUCCACGACAAUAUAUUCACAAUUUUUUUGUUCGUAUAUUUUGCAAUGUACGAAUUCCAAAGUUAUCGCGAUUUUAUAACUCGAGCAACAAUCUAGAUUUUGUCGAGUGAAGGCACCGUUACACAUGCACCACAUGAAAUUGUUUUGCGUUAAGAAAUGCAUUACUAAGUGAAUUAUAAUGUUAUAUAAUUGCGAUUGGAGAUUGAUCAUCGCGACAAAGCACGUAACGACGAAAAACGUAUUCGUAUUACAUACGUAGUGUUUAAAACGAGUAAAAGGGGGUAACGUAUAAUAACGUCUUGUAACGCCUUUAACCGAAAAAAAAAAAAAAAAAAAUAACGAUCAAGAGGAAGAAUGUCACGUAUGGGUACAUUAUGCAAUUAGCAUUAAGAUUAAAAUACUUGCAAAUGGAUUAUCGCUCU